GAUAACAGCAUGUUUCUGUCACACCUCACAGUCGCACACAUCGGAAAUUCCUUUACUGCUAUGUGUACAAGACACUCAUAAUGAACUUCUUAGUUCAUUAUUGUUAAUUGUUUUUAGUUUGUGUUGGUGACAAAAACCUUUAGAUAUAACGUCAUCAAAUCGCAACGACUUCUAUCAUCAAGAUACGUGAGGAAUUUUAGAGGAAAUUUGAUACCGAACCGGUUUAGAUAUUUUCUACUCAAUGUUCCGACUGUGACCAGAAUAAAUAUUUUUAGUAAAAUAAUAUAAGAAUAAAUGAGAAUAUUUAGCAGUAGAAAAGAAUACAUAUCAUCGAGAAACAUGACGGCCUUAAGCAUCAGAUCAAGUCUUAGAAUAUUAUGGACGGUGGUAGCGGCUAUGGUCUUCCUAACUAGAAUCAGUGCGGCGCCUGCGUUCGAGGGUGGUAUCAGCCAGGCUACGAUGUACCUGGAUAAAUUUGGAUACUUAAGUCCCAAAAUUAGAAAUCCUACAAGUGGGCAUAUCAUUGAUGAGAGCUUAUUCCGGAAAGCAGUUGCUGAGUUCCAAAGUUUUGCUGGCCUGAACACGACAGGCGACUUAGAUGAAGAGACUAAAAAAAUGAUGGCUAUGCCUAGGUGUGGUGUAAGAGAUAAAGUUGGUUUUGGUGAAAGUCGUGCUAAGAGAUAUGCUCUACAAGGCUCAAGAUGGCGUAUUAAGAACCUCACUUACAGGAUAGCCAAGUACCCUUCAAGACUGAACCACGCUGAUGUGGACUUGGAACUCGCUAAAGCCUUUUCCGUGUGGUCUGACUAUACCGAUCUCACUUUCACACAGAAACGCUCUGGUCAAGUCCACAUUGAGAUAAGAUUCGAGACUGGAGAGCAUGGGGACGGUGAUCCAUUCGACGGCCCUGGAGGCACUUUGGCCCACGCUUAUUUCCCUGUAUACGGAGGUGAUGCUCACUUUGACGAUGCUGAGACAUGGACCAUCAACUCCAAAAGAGGAACAAAUUUAUUUCAGGUUGCUGCUCACGAAUUCGGUCAUUCCUUGGGUCUGUCCCAUAGUGACGUCCGCUCAGCGCUCAUGGCUCCCUUCUACAGAGGAUACGACCCCGCCUUCCAGCUCGACCAGGAUGACAUCCAGGGUAUUCAGGCGCUGUAUGGCCGUAAGACCCAAACUGACAUCGGCGGCGGGGCUGCGCCUGCGCCGGCACCAAACACGCCACGGCCCUCCGCAGAGGACCCUGCGCUCUGUGCGGAUUCCAAGUUCGACACCAUCUUCAAUGGUGCCGACGGAUCCACCUUCAUAUUCAAGGGAGAAAAUUACUGGCGACUGACUGAAGAUGGAGUGGCAUCAGGCUACCCUCGCCUGAUUUCCCGCGCUUGGCCCGGCUUGCCUGGUAACAUCGACGCUGCUUUCACAUACAAGAAUGGCAAAACUUACUUCUUCAAGGGCUCUAAGUACUGGAGGUACAAUGGACAGAAAAUGGAUGGAGACUACCCUAAAGAUAUUAGUGAAGGAUUUAGUGGCAUUCCUGACAAUUUAGACGCUGCCUUGGUUUGGUCAGGCAAUGGCAAGAUUUACUUCUAUAAAGGCUCCAAAUUCUGGAGGUUCGACCCGACCAAGCGACCCCCGGUUAAGGCCACCUACCCUAAGCCCGUCUCUAACUGGGAGGGCAUUCCUGACAAUAUUGAUGCUGCCUUACAAUAUACUAAUGGAUAUACAUAUUUCUUUAAAGGAGGUUCCUAUUGGAGGUUUAAUGACAGAUCAUUUAGUGUUGACACAGAUAAUCCAGCUUUCCCGCGGUCCACCGCAUUCUGGUGGCUGGGCUGCAGCAGCGCGCCGCGCGGUACUGUUGGAGGUGUAAAAUCAUCCGCUCCCAGGUCAUUCUUCUGGUUCAGGAAAUAGCCUCCGUGGAGAGUUCCUGAAUGUUGUACAUAGAGCAUUACAUAAAGAACAAAGACUCAAUUAGUUACUAGGAGAAUAUAUGCGAAUACCAGUGAGAUUAUAACAUAAGCGGUGAUUUUAGUACCGGCGGGCUUGUCCACGCUGCCUGUACGUUCAAACCUUCACGUUUGCAUGCUAGUCUUCUUGCCUGCCCUUCACUGAUUCACGCUUACGCCUGCUACUAUUUUGCAUUCUAACACAGCAUCAUGAAUUAAUUUGGUAUCUUUAUUACUUUAGAAGAACUUUGUCUUGAAAGCCAAGCUUUUUAUUCAGCGAAUUAUGUAGUAUUUCAUUAAGUAUUUCAAUUCUUGGAAAGUAGUCAAAUUCACUGAAUAAAUAGAGACUAUGGUUAAAGAUGAGGUUUGUAUUCCGAUAAUAUAUUUUUGUUGAAGGUCGCCUUUAUUCCUAACUACACCAGUAGUUUAAGUUAUUAAAAAUUUUACGUAGUUGUAGCAAUAUUAAACUAUAAAAAGUUCAUGUUUCAGUUGGUUCAUAGGUUUUGGUCUGUUUUGCACAAGGGGUUGGUUAGUAAAGUAUUAAGAUAUAUUUUUUUAACUAUCUGGUCGAUUUUCUAGAUGUUCCGAAGCGUAAGAUAAGCGUAGUCGUGGUCAAUAUUUAAACAAGGAGUUCAUAACGGCUUUGAUGUAAGACUUAUUAAAAAUAUUACCAUCUUAACAAGCGCACAUUUGAUAUAUUGAGGACAGAGCUCUGUUCUGAGUUACCUGUGUGUUGUACGUAAAAAAAUAGUAUAUUUGCUGAUAGUAAACUAAUAUGUUUUAUGCAUGGUAUGAUAUUAAAUUUUAAAAAUUGAAUUAUUUUUAACCAUUACACAUGUUUUGUAAAUAAAAUAUCUCAAUCUGAUUCUAAAAAAUAUAAUCGUACCUACGUAUUAUACAUAUAUUAAACCUUUGCAUGUAUUUGUAUUUUUCAUCCGAGUAGCAUUAGAAGUUUUUAAUAUGUACAUAUAUAUAAAUCAAUCUGUAGUAUAGAGUAUUUAGUUUGCACAUACGGGACCCGGUUGCGGUGAAUUAAAGAAUUCUUGCUAAAG